AUGGCUGGUUGUCUGCAAAGGUCCCGGCUCUGUAAAACACAGGCAAUUUUCAGAUGCCUCCCUGUUUUGUUUUCUUUAGGCUUCUGCUUUGCCUCAGUAAAAGCAGAGCCAUUUGACCCAGCAAGCUCGUAUCAAUAUAGAUCGGGACCUAAUGAAGAUAAUAUCAUCAUCGCCAACAACGGGAUCAGGGUACCCUUUGGGAGGUCUGUGUAUCUGGACCCUCUAAGUGACCUGGUAACUGAAGUGCAGCCUGGUGACCGCUGUCACAUCACAGUUCUGGACAAUGACCCACUAGCCCAGAAACCUGGGAUGCUGACCCCUAAAAAGUUCCCCUGUGCAUUUGGACCAGAUGAAGUGAAAUACACUCAUUUUGGAUCGCGGAGUCCCAGCAAGGAUCGUGUGAAGCUGCAGCUUCGUUAUGACUCCCAGACGGACACUAUUAUCAUCCCUUUCAUGCUGGAGGUGGAGGUGGUAUUCCAGCAGCUUGAGAUUCUCACCAGGAAUAUGCCCCUUACCGUAGAAAAACUCAAUGGCAACAGCAACCCUAUCGACAAAAAGGGUCUGGAAUUUUCCUAUGAGGACGGGGUCACAAAGUGUAAGAUCACUACUCUGGUCGGCGCCGGAGGUCUCCCCAGGUAUGGCACACUUUUGAAUAACUCUGCCAAUGGCCAAAUGGUUGACUGUGAUGAGUUUGUUAAACAAGGCAUUCGCUACAAGCACACUGCUAAAACCAACUCACCAAACAGAGACUAUAUUCCAAUGAUGGUAGAACUGCAGGAUAAUGAAGGCAACACCAUAAUGCAAGAGCAUUUCCAGAUGAUGGUUAGAAUCAAAGAGGGUUCGGAGAAUACAGCUCCAAAGCCCAGCUUUGUAGCCAUGAUGAUGAUGGAGGUUGAUCAGUUUGUGAUGACAGCUAUUACAAGUGAUAUGCUGGCUGCCGAAGAUGUUGAGUCUGAUCCAGAUGAUUUAAUUUUUAACAUUACUUCACCCCUGGGCCCUCAGCAAGGAUAUAUCAUCAGCACAGAUGAUCAAAACCUGCCCAUCACUUCCUUUUAUCAGAGAGACAUCAAAGAUCUUAAAAUAGCAUACAAACCCCCCUCAGAAGACUCAGAUGUGGAGAGGAUUUUCCAGCUAGAGUUUGAAAUUGUAGACACUGAUGGUGCUGUGUCUGACACAUUUGCUUUUAUGAUUGUGGUGAAGCCUAUGAAUACUUUGGCUCCUGUAGCAACCAAAAAUACAGGGCAGCUAUUAUUUGAAGGGCAGUCCCGAGCCCUCUCCAGCUCACAAAAUUUAGAGAUAAGUGACGAGGAUAACCUGGAAGAUGUGAGAAUUAGUGUUGUUGACGGUUUAAAACAUGGUGAAUUGACUGUGCUGGGCAACCGCAGAAAAUUCUUUACACCUGCUGAUCUCGAUGCUGGUAUUGUUGUGUACCAACAUGAUGGCAGUGACACCUACAGUGACAACAUUAUUUUUAGAAUGACUGAUGGCUCUAAUGAUGUGGAGUUUUUGUUCCCCAUCACUAUUGCUCCUACUGAUGAUGAGCCCCCUAUUAUCAACGCAAACACUGGACUGGUGCUAUUCAAAAAUGAAGUCAUGCAGAUCUCUCCCUUCAUUCUGAGUGCCACAGACAUUGAUUCAGAAGAUUUGACCAUUAAAUUUAUCUUGGAAGCCCCUUACUCUACUGUGGGGGAGCUACUUCUCAGGCAAGUGGAGCCUCCCUCUGACCCCUCUCUCUGGAAGUUCAGUGAGACAGAUGAGAUGUUUGAGCAGGUGGUUACUGAAUGGUUUCAGCAAGAUAUUCUUGAUGGAAAGCUGUUCUAUCGUCACACUGGACCUCACAGCACCAGUACUGUAGUAGACCAGUUUGUUUUCCGGGUCCAAGAUGACAAUGAUCCUCCCAAUCAAUCAGGCGAACACAUGUUCACUGUCAAAAUCCAUCCUGUUGAUGAUCUCCAUGCAGAGCUUUAUCCAGGUACCACCCUACACAUGACAGUCAAAGAGUAUGAACUGACACCAUUCAAGAAGAAAUUUUUGCGUUACACUGAUCUAGAUUCAGAUGACAGGGACCUGAAGUACACGAUUACCAAGGCCCCAGCAGAUGCAGAUGAAAACAACCCAUUCCCACUGGGUGAAAUUGUUCUGACUGACAGCCCUGACACUCCAAUCACUGAAUUCACACAGGCCCAGGUCAAUCACCACAAAGUGGCUUACAAGCCUCCAGACCAGGAACUAGGCAUCACUCCAAAAGUUGUUCAGUUUACAUUCAUUGUGGAGGACACUGCUGGUAACACAGCAGAUGGACUAUUCACCAUUUUCUUACAGCCAGUUGACAACAAACCCCCAGUUAUCACCAACACUGGCUUCAAUGUGAUGGAAGGAAGUACAUACAUCAUCACUCAGAAAGAGCUGCAUGCAACAGACACAGAUACAGAUGAUGAAAAUAUCAUAUUCACUGUGACCCAGAUUCCUCAAUAUGGGCAGUUGCAGUAUUUGGGGAUUGACAUGUCAAACAGCGAGACAUUCGUGCUUGAAGACAUAGCAAAUGCUCGUCUGACUUACAUCCAUAGUGGAGAGGAAUCCCUCAGUGAUGUCAUCAAGCUUGAUGUCAGUGAUGGUUUUCAUGAGAUACCAAUCAUCAUGAAGAUCACCAUUGAGCCAGUUGAUGAUGAAGCCCCCACUAUCAUGCUCCCUGAUGGUCUGCUUGAAGCCUCCAUUGAUGUGCUAGAGAAUGGAGCAACAGAGAUUACAAGCAAUGUCAUUCAAGGUCGUGAUGAAGACACAGAUGACCUCAUGCUCACAUUCAUUGUGGAAGAGCCUCCCGUGAUGGGUGAGAUCCUCGUCAAUGGUGCCCCCGCUGAGAGAUUCACCCAGCAGGACAUCAUCAAUGGCGCAGUGGUGUACGCUCAUGUACUUGGUGAAAUUGGACCUGUCAAAGAACAUGACUCCUUUAACCUUACUCUGUCAGAUAUGUCAGAUCAGUGGGUUGUUGGGGGCAACAAGGUCCAAGGUGUGAGAGUUCAUGUCACCAUUCUCCCUGUUGACAGUAUCCCACCUGUUGUCAGUGUUGGAGAACAGUUUGUAGUCAUGGAAGGGGAAAAGAAUGUUAUCACUCUGGAGCACAUCCAAGCUGAGGACAUAGACACCGAUAAUGAUGAUAUCCUGUGCACUAUCAUUGUCCAGCCAACAUCUGGCUAUGUGGAGAAUAUCUCCCCAGCCGCAGGCUCUGAGAAGUCUAGGGCAGGCACCGCUAUCUCUGCCUUCAGCAUCAAAGACAUUGGCCUUGGUCACAUCUACUAUGUCCAAAGUAUUCACAAAGGGGUCGAACCUGUGGAAGACCGUUUCACUUUCCGCUGUUCAGAUGGAAUUAACUUCUCUGAACGCCACUUCUUCCCCAUAGUCAUCAUUCCAACCAAUGAUGAAAAACCUGAGAUUUUCAUCAGAGAGUUUGUGGUAAUGGAAGGCAUGAGUCUGGUUAUUGACACACCAAUCCUGAAUGCAGCUGAUGCUGAUAUUCCUGGAGAUGAGUUGCAUUUUGAGAUCAUCAAAAACCCCAAGCAUGGUACAAUAGUUCAGCAGCUCACCACUGGUACCGUCCAAGUGGACAAGUUCAACUUGGAGCAGAUCAAAGAGGCAUCUAACAUUGUAUACGAACAUGAUGACUCAGAGACCAAAGAGGACAGCUUUGAAAUCAGGCUGUCUGAUGGGAAAAACACAGUGGAAAAAAAAGUUCUUAUCAUGGUUAUACCCGUUGAUGAUGAGACACCAAGAAUGGCUAUCAAUGAUGGACUUGAAAUUGAGAUUGGAGAGACCAAAGUCAUCAGCAACAAGGUUUUGAAGGCCACAGACCUUGACUCAGAAGACAAAGAACUAAUAUAUGUUGUGCGUUAUGGACCUAGCCAAGGUUAUCUUCAGCGUAUUUCCAAGUUUGGUGACGUUAUGGGCAACAUCACUCUCGGGAUGAACUUCACACAAGAUGAAAUUGACAAAAAUCUCAUCCAGUAUGUGCACACGGGUCAAGAGGGGAUCCGUGACCUUCUGAAGUUUGAUGUUACCGAUGGCAUUAAUCCCCUUAUCGACCGUUAUUUUUACAUCAACAUUGGAAGUAUUGACAUGGUCUUUCCAGAUGUUAUUAACAAAGGUGUAACUCUCAAAGAAGGAGGCAAAGUAACUCUUACUACUGACCUCCUAAGCACCACUGAUAUUAACAGUCCUGAUGAAUAUCUCAGCUUUAGUAUCACACGUGCCCCCAGCAGAGGCCAUCUAGAGAACACUGACCACCCGGGGGUUCCCAUCUCCACCUUCACCCAACUGCAGCUUGCUGGCAACAAGAUCUACUAUAUUCACACCUCUGAUGAUGAGAUGAAGAUGGACAGCUUUGAGUUUGAAGUAACAGAUGGGUACAACCCUGUCUUCCGCACCUUCAGAGUGUCCAUCACUGACGUAGAUAAUAAGAAACCUGUCUUGACCAUACACAAGCUGGUUGUGGGAGAAGGAGAAACAAAGCUCAUUACACCAUUUGAGUUGACAGUUGAGGAUCGGGACACCCCAGACAACCUGCUGCGUUUCAUCAUCACCCAAGUGCCAGUACAUGGGCAGCUGCUUUUCAACAACACAAAACCAAUCACUACCUUCACCAAGCAAGACCUGAAUGAGAACCUCAUCACCUAUAAGCAUGACGGCACUGAGACCAAUGAGGACAGCUUCUCCUUCACUGUCACAGACGGCACACACACAGAUUUUUAUGUCUUUCCUGACACGGUUUAUGAGACACGCAAGCCCCAGAUGAUGACCAUUCACAUCAACACAGUGGAUAAUGGUGUCCCCCAGAUUGUGGUCAAUAAAGCUGCAGCAUCACUCAGGGUCCUGAACACAGGCCACCUGGGUUUCCUAAUCACCAGUAAGGCCCUCAGGUCCGAGGACCGUGACAGUCCUCAAAAGGUCCUGAGAUACAUUGUGUCUGAGGCUCCUCUCCAUGGCUUCAUCAUAAACACUGCCUUGGGCAAUGACAGCAUCAAGAACUUCACACAAGCUGACAUUGACGACAUGAAGAUUUGUUACGUGUUGUUGGAUGGAAGCAACGCCACAAGCGAUAUCUUCUACUUCACUGUUGAAGACAAGGGUGGAAACAAACUAAAGCCUCAGCCUUUCCGCCUCAACUGGGCCUGGAUCUCUUUGGAGAGGGAGUACUACUUAGUGGACGAGGAUGCCAAGUACCUGGAGGUGACGCUCAAACGCCGAGGUUACCUGGGAGAAACCUCCUUUGUCAGCAUUGCCACCAAGGAUGGCACAGCGGAGAAAGACAAAGACUUCCGUGGUAAGGCCCAGAAGCAGGUCCAGUUCAACCCCGGCCAGACCACAGCAACCUGGAAGGUGAAGAUCUUCACCGACCAGGAGUUUGAGACCUCAGAGACGUUUGAGAUCCAGCUGUCAGACCCCGUCAUGGCUGUGCUAGAGUUCCCUGACACUGCAACAGUGGAAAUUGUGGACCCUGGAGAUGAGUCGACUGUGUUCAUCCCCCAGGCAGAGUACAGGGUUGAGGAGGAUAUUGGAGAGCUGCUGGUUCCUGUCCGCCGCUCUGGAGAUGCGAGCCAGGAGCUCAUGGUUGUCUGCUACACUCAGCAGGCCACGGCCACUGGCACCAUACCCAGCACUGUGUUGUCCUACUCGGAUUACAUCACACGACCUGAGGACCACACCAGCGUGCUGCGCUUUGACAAGGACGAGCGCGAGAAGCUCUGCCGCAUCAUCAUCAUCGACGACUCGCUGUAUGAGGAGGAGGAGAGCUUCAAUGUCAGCCUCAGCAUGCCCAUGGGGGGGCAGGUGGGAGCCAGCUUCCCAAGUGCAAAGGUCACCAUCCUGGCCGACAGUGAUGAUGAGCCGUCCCUGUACUUUGGCGAGCCUGAGUAUGUGGUGGAUGAGAGCUCCGGCUAUGUUGAAGUGAAGGUCUGGAGGACAGGAACUGAUCUGUCCAAGACUGCUACAGUCACUGUCCGCUCCAGAAAGAGUGAGCCUGUCUCUGCAGAAGCGGGGCUGGACUACGUUGGCAUUAGUCGUAACCUGGACUUUGCCCCUGGAGUGACCAUGCAGACGUUCAGAGUGACAAUCCUGGAUGACCUGGGACAGCCGGAGCUGGAGGGGCCUGAGACCUUCGACCUCGUGUUACGGAUGCCCAUGAAUGCCGUGCUGGGAGAGCCCAGCAAGACCACCAUCACCAUUAAUGAUACAUUCACUGACUUGCCCAAGGUGCAGUUUAAGGAGGGCAGCUAUAAAGUGGAUGAGGCUGAUGGGGAGGUACGGGCCAUUGUGUAUCGUAGUGGAGACAUUAGCCUCAGGUCCACAGUGCGCUGUUACACCCGCCAGGGCUCUGCUCAAGUUAUGAUGGACUACAAUGAGAGGCCAAACAUUGACGCAUCAAUUAUCACUUUCCUACCAGGUGAGACUGAGAAGCCAUGUAUAGUAACUCUGGUGGACGACUCUGUCCACGAAGAGGAUGAGGAGUUCCGCCUGGUCCUGGGAACUCCCAAGAGCAAGUCUCCUUACGGUGCUUCCAUUGGGGAGCAGAAGGAGGCACUGGUCACUAUCACUGAUGGAAAAGACAAGCCCAUCAUCCGUUUCUCUGAGAUCAAGUACAGUGUGCGGGAACCCCAGGUCAAAGGGGAUGUGGCGAUUGUGAAGAUUCCUGUCCUGCGUGUUGGAGACACAUCUAAGGUCUCAGUGGUCAGAGUACACACAAAGGAUGGUUCUGCAACUUCAGGAGAGGACUACAACCCACUGUCAGAGGAUGUGGAGUUCAAGGAGGGUGACAAGGAGCACUUUGUGGAGAUUGAGAUCCUGUACGAUGGUGAGAGAGAGAUGAGGGAGGCCUUCACUGUACACAUGAAGCCUGACGAGUACAUGGUGGCUGAAAUUCAGAUGAACAAGGCCAUUGUGUACAUCGAAGAGAUGGACAGUGUGGCAGAUGUCACCUUCCCUGCUGUGCCCCAAGUGGUUUCCCUGCUCAUGUAUGAUGACACAUCACGAACCAAAGACAGGCCUCACCCCCCCACUGGCUACCCUGUUGUGUGUGUGACGGCCUGCAACCCUAAGUACCAUGACUUUGACAAAACGGGUUCAAUCUGCUCUUUGGAGAAGAUCAACGACACCCUGACCCAGUACCGCUGGCUGGUCAGUGCACCCACUGGGCCGGAUGGAGUGACCAGCCCUAUGAGGGAAGUGGACACAAACACUUUCUUCACCAACACCAAGUCCAUCACCUUGGAUUCAAUCUACUUCCAGGCUGGCUCCAGGAUUCAGUGUGCAGCUAGGGCCUUCAAUACAAAUGGAGACGCAGGCCUGGAACUGUAUAGCACCAUUGUUGUGAUCAGCAAGGAGGAAGGUAUGUGUCAGCCUCGUAUCCCUGGUACUGUGGGAGCUGAGCCUUUUUCUGCCAAGAUUCGCUACACUGGCCCAGAUGACCCAGAUUUCCCCAACCUGAUCAAACUGACUGUCAACAUGCCUCACAUGGAUGGCAUGUUACCAGUAAUCUCCACGAGACCUCUGUCCAACUUUGAGCUCACCCUGAGCCCUGAUGGCACACGUGUGGGCAACCACCGCUGCUCCAACCUGCUGGACUUCAAUGAGAUCCAAACCAGCCACGGCUUCAUCACCGAUGCCACCAAGAACCCUGAAAUCAUUGGCGAGACUUCACCUUACCAAUACAGUGCUGGCCUGCGUUCAGCCAACUCUCUGCGCUUCUAUAGGAACCUCAACCUGGAGGCUUGUCUCUGGGAGUUCACCACCUACUACGACAUGUCUGAGCUGUUGAAUGACUGCGGAGGCUCCAUAGGCACCGAUGGACAGGUGCUGAACUUGGUCCAGUCCUAUGUCACCUUGCGGGUGCCUCUGUUUGUGUCCUAUGUCUUCCACUCUCCUGUGGCUGUGGGAGGCUGGCAGCACUUUGACCUGCAGUCAGAGCUCAAACUCACUUUUGUGUAUGACACAGCUAUUCUCUGGCAGGAUGGCAUUGGCAGCCCACCUGAAGCCGAGCUACAAGGUGCUGUCUCACACCAAUGCUUCUGUGCCAUGUACCCCACGAGUAUGCGGAUCAAUGAAGAGGGUCGUCUGGUGGUCAACUUCAAGACAGAGGCCCGCUUCAGGGGACAAUUUGUAAUGUCUCAUCCAGGGACAAGUCUUUCAUCUAUGGUGAUGUGUGCAGACCAUCCCGGGCUGACAUUCAGUCUCUCCCUGGUCAGGACUGAGCCUACCUACAACCAGCCCAUGCAACAGUGGAGCUUUGUCUCAGACUUUGCUGUGCGUGACUACUCCGGGACCUACACGGUGAAGCUGAUUCCCUGCAGUGCCUCUCCAACUGGGGAGUUCAGUGUCCCUCCUGUCUGUCACCCAAGAGAGCCUCUGACUUUUGACAUGGACAUACGUUUCCAGCAGGUGAGUGACCCAGUGGCAGCUGAGUUCAGCCUCAACACUCAGAUGUUUCUGCUGUCCAAGAAGGAGAUGUGGUUAUCUGAUGGCUCCAUGGGAUUCGGAGAGGGGACUGAUGCUGCUUUUUCAGAAGGGUCCUCGAUCUUUGGUCGUGUGAUGGUGGACCCAGUGCAGAACCUAGGUGACUCCUUCUCUUGCAGCAUUGAGAAAGUCUUCCUCUGUACUGGAGCAGAUGGCUACGUCCCCAAGUAUAACCCCACCAACAAAGAGUAUGGCUGCCUGGCUGAUGCUCCCUCUCUGCUCUACAGAUUCAAGAUCCUGGACAAGGCCCAGCCAGAGACCCAAGCCAAAGCAUUUGGAGAUGUUGCUUUUGAUGCCACUCUGGCCAUGGACACACCUGGAGCUCUGCCUUUGGUCAGGCAGCCAGGAUCAGAUGGAUUCGCCCUCUCCUCAACACCACUCUUCCAGGUGGCUGCUGGUCGAGAAUGGUUCAUCCACACCAUCUACACUGUCCGCUCACGAGAAAACGCCAACCGCAACAUUGGCAAGCGCAGUGUGGAGUACCUGCAUCACAGCCUCUCCUCUGCUGGCCAGCCCCAAAUGCAAGGCCAUGCCUCCAACAUGGCCACCCGUCACCGUCGUGCCGCCCCUGCAUUUUCUGGGGCAGAGCUGAUCCAGGAUAUAGGUGCUGAUAAAAACCGUGGCACCAACAUCCAGCACAUCUCUCUGGACCGAUCAGAUCGCAUGGUGGUAAGCCAGCGGCAGCCCUGGUCUCCUGGGCAUGAGCGCGAGUCGUCCCUGGAGCACCCCCUGUUGGAGAGCUCUGGCAGAGUGCCGGCUGACACCUCCACCCUGCCCAUGCUGGUAGGCCUGGCAGGUCUGAUCCUCCUCAUCUGCCUAAUCGCCACCAUUGUUAUACUACUGCUGAGGCGCAAGAAGAGGGAAAAGGAGACCCAGUUCCCUCCUUACGCCACCUCAUCAUCUUCUGCCUACAACGGCUACAGCCGAGGGCCAAUGGGCAUGUGGAGCAGCUCGGACAGCUCUGAGGUCUAGAGAUAUGACCGCCCCCACCCUUCAUUCUCUGUCCCUGUCCCAUCCUGAACAGACUAUGACUCCACCACAGUGCCUUCCAAGCCCAGCUCUUCUAGCACUGACUACAGCCCAGUAAGACAUGCGGACAGCACAGUAUGCCAGUGUUUCAGGCCUAUAUGCAAAAUACACACCAGAGAGUAUUUUGAGGCUUAAUGACCUCUAAUGAAGUGUCAUGGUUAGCUCUCACUGUGUUGUACCAUGUACUGUAGGUUUCUGCCCCGUUUAUGCUGUCUAUUCUGAAUCAUGGAUAAAAGUGGAAGCCCCCAUUAAUGGUAUUCACCUGCUUCAUUGGUUGCCAAACUAUUAAAUGCAUGAAAAUCCAAAGCGGUUUAUUCAAGAGUUAAAGGCAACCCCAUGUCAAUUUUGUGAAAAUUUUUUUAUGUUCCUCCUUAAAAGAUGGCUAGUUUACCAUGGUGUUUUUUUUUUUUUUUUAAUUAUUGUA